AGCAGAAGCCGUCCUACAUCCGCACGCACCGUCGAGGCGGACAGGUUUGGCACUCACGGCUGCUGGGGCCAUGACAAAUUCUACGAGGCGGCGGAGCUGGAGCUGUCGGGCCACCUCCGGGACGAUUGCUUCACGGUCAGGUGCGACAUAAUCGUCAUCGGCGAACCCCGCACGGAGGCCAAUCCGGUCCCCGGCGCUUCCUUCGUCGUGGUGCCGCCGCCAGACUCGUCGCAGCACUUCGGCGCCCUCCUCCUAGGCGGAAAGGGUGCCGAUGUGAGGUUUCUUGUUGGGGGCGAGGUGUUUGCCGCGCACCGGUGCGUGCUCGCUGCACGGUCGCCGGUCUUCGAGGCGCUGCUCUUUGGCCCCAUGAAAGAAGGCACAGCCACAGAGAGCUGCUGCAUACGGAUUGAUGAUAUGCUACCUCAGGUGUUUCAGAGCUUGCUGCAUUUCAUUUACACUGACUCGCUGCCAGAGACCCAAGAUCAGCAAGAUAAGGAGGCCAGCAACACGAUGGCGCAGCAUAUGCUGGAAGCCGCCGACAGGUAUGGCAUGGGACGGCUCAAACUGAUUUGUGAGGACAUGCUGUGCAUAUAUAUCGAUAUGAGCACGGUUGCGACUUCACUGGCAUUAGCCAAGCAGCACCGCUGCCAAGGGCUUAAGGAGGCGUGCUUCGAGUUUCUCAAGUUUCCAAAAACGCUGGAUGAGGUCAUGGCAACAGAUGAAUUCCAACAUUUGGCGAAAAGCUCUCCUGCUUUGUUUGAGUUGAUGUCCAAGCUUGCUGCUGCUGGGCGUUGA